AUGUAUCCUCGCUCUGUGAACGGCCACGCUCAUCAGUAUAAGAAAACCUCGAUGGGUUCGAUCUCGUCCCCAGGCUCCACGUAUUCGAGUCUCCUCUCUCCAGCAACGACCACAAACUCGUCCCUCUAUACAUCCGUCAACAAUCAAACCUCCAAUACUGUAUUAGCUAAUAGUUCAAGCUUUAUGGACUACCUCAUGAGCUUGGAUGAUGUCCCUCUCGCCGAUCCGAACCUCAACGCCGCCAUUCCGAACAACAGCCAGGUCUACCACGCUGGAGGAAUUCCACCGUCCUUUUUCAAUCAGGUGUCUAACGAAGGAUACUUCAACACCGGAAGUCCUACUUUCUCCAAUAGCGCACCUGCGUACCCCAUGAAUUCUACCGUGCUCUCGCGCAAUCCGAGCGUGUCUUCCGACUUCGGUGGAUCUCAGUUCUCGUACGCGACAACUGUACCAGCUACUCCCAGUACUUUUUCCCCAGCCGCCUUUAAUUCAUCUCGAGCAUCUUCCGUCUCUUCUUCUUCCACAACUUCUCCCCCUACUCCUCUUAUAUCUCCUCGUGAUAGUCCGGCGUACGCUUCUUCGCGUUCUCUUGGCGCAAAGGAAGACAAAAACAAAACUAAAGUUCAGAUGAAGCGCACUCUUACACGGAGGGACACAGAAUUGAUAGACCCACCAACAGUACCUUCAAAUGCCCCAAUCACAGUAACGUGCUCGAAGAAAUCGUUCUCGCUUCCAUGCAGUAAAGUUGGCGUGUUGCAAGGAAAUUGGCCUAACAGGACAAGCGCUCCCAUUCCGACCGGCUUCAUGGAAGAAGAGGUCCCGGUCCGCAUCCCUCUACCAAACUAUGUGGUCGAUGGGGGCGGAUACACGCUCCCCAAGACAGAAAUCAUCAUGUUCAAACCUAUUCCAGACAAAAAGCAGGCCCUUCACGCUACCCCGAUGGUGGAUUGCCUGAGCGGUUGGGGUUUAGAGGACCCUGACGCCGUGAUUGAAUUCCAGCGUUACCAAAUGGAUUCCGACUCUAUCAUUCAACUCAAGAUUAUCUGGCCUUCGUACCCCAAACUUCAUUGGGUGGCGGAAAUCCCAGCCUUCUCUCGGUUUGCGGGAAAGUCGGAUAGGACGCCCAUCACGCGCCGUGAGCUUGCGUACUGGAUCGCGGUGGUCUACCAGAAUUUCACCUUGGCGUGCAACAUUGGAUCCUACAUGGACGAAACCAUACAGUGUCGCCCAGAUGAUCGCUGGCGCCUAGCACCUGGCUGGUACACUUUCGAGAGGAUGCGGCUCUGCUCUAUCCGGAACACUGGCGGCCUCUGGCAGGCAGAGAUUCGUGUGCUGACGGAUCUCGACUAUGACCGCUAUAACUUUAGGAUGCCUAUGCGACCAUAUGACGCCCUAACGGAAGCUCAUUCCCCUGUCUCCGGUGCUUCCCCUUCUCAGAAGAAAAAGUCGCCCGCGAGGCGCUGA